CUCAGUUCAGUUAUAAUCUGAAUCUGAGGGAAUCUUCACUUCUUUUUGUGAAUUAUUAAUCAAUUUUAGAAGAUGCAAUUGAAAUCAUCGUUUCUCAUUGUCUCUUCAAGGGCGUUGGUAACAUUGAUGGUGGUGCUGCUUUUGAUAGCGUCGUCGCCACGUGGUCGUGCAAGUGCUAGUUUACUCAAGCAGAAGAAGGCUAUACUGAAUAACUUGCUUAAUCCAGAUAGAUACGACGGGCAAAUUAAACCUGGAAUAUUAAACGAAGAGGAUAGUCCAACAACAGUACAAGUUAGCAUGCAUAUUUUAUCAAUAACAAACGUGGACGAUAAAAAUAUGAUGUUUUCAUUGGAAUUCUACGUCCGUCAGAAAUGGAAAGACGAACGCUUAGAAUUUAACAACACCGCAAAUAACAUCAAAUACAUCGUUUUAAACGAGAUCCGACAAAUUUGGAUGCCCGAUUUGUUCUUUACGAACGAACAUUCGAGUCGGACGCACGAUUUAAUGGAAUCGAACAGUUUCAGGAAAAUUUAUAGAGAUGGAACCGUCUUAACAAGCGCAAGAGUUAGUUUGGUUUUAAGAUGCAAAAUGUUUUUUGCGUUGUACCCCAUGGAUUCCCAAGUAUGUCCGUUAACAAUAGAAAGUUAUAGAUAUAAGGCGGACGAUAUUAGUUUAGAAUGGACUAACGAGAGCACUCCGGUAACUCUCGGCGAUGAUAUGUUAAUUCCAUUAUUCACAGUUGAACGCUUCUGGACCGAUAGAGGUUUGAUCGCCAUGGAAUCCGGUGAAUAUUCAAGAUUAACGCUCUAUUUCAAAUUCGCAAGAAGAACGGGAUAUUAUCUGGUUCAAGUUUAUAUUCCUUGCGGGAUGGCUUUCAUUGUAUCGUGCUUUCCGUUUUGGUUAAACCCGAAAUUAAUUACAGCCAGAGUUUUAAUAGGGAUUGGAGUUCUUUUAUCGACAUCUCUUCAAGUAUCCUAUGUAAAUUCGAAUAUGCCAAAAGUGCCAUAUACAAAAGCAAUCGACAUUUUCACCGGAAUGACUUUAACGUUUAUUUUUUGUGCUUUAUUAGAAACGAUUUUUGUUCAUGUAACUGAAGUCAAAUCAACUAGAAAACUUGAAACUCAAGAAUCUGUUGCAAAGGAUGAUGUAGAACAGGUUGAGAAAUUCGAUAAACCGAACGCUAUCAUUAAAAUGAAAGCUUGGAUGUUUGAUGAUCACGAAACGUUAAAUGAUAUUGAUGCAGCUUCCAGAGCAUUAUUUCCGAUGAGUUACAUCUUGUUUCUUUUUAUUUAUAGUCUUACUUGUGUUUCCUUAAUUAUGGAAUAAGUAAAGUUUCUAGAAAUCAUGAAAUCUGCUAA